AAUAAAUGGAAGUAGUGUCUGACAUCAUUCAUGACCUUAAACGCCACACGCCAGUGAGUACGCGAACCAAGCGCGCAUAUUUUUAUAAAUAAUCGGUUUUUAAACUGUUUUCUUCAUCGAAAACUUGUGUUAUAAACAGCAAAAAAUGUCUAGUAAAACGGAAACAUUGAAAUCCGGAUGGGGAAUUCAAGUGGUGGUUCCAGGUCCAGAGCACACUUUUACCCUGGAUGAGGAGGCUCUCACUGCACUCCUGCUCCGCGAGGAUAUAAAGGACCGAGCUGUGGUUAUCAUAUCGGUUGCUGGAGCCUUUCGGAAAGGAAAGUCCUUUUUGUUGGACUUCUUUCUUAGAUAUUUACAGCACAAGUACGUCCUUGGUGAAAGCGGUGGAGAAUGGAUUGGUGUUGAAGAUGAACCUUUAGAAGGUUUCAAAUGGCGAGGAGGAUCUGAGAGAGAAACCACAGGCUUGCUGCUAUGGUCGCAGCCUUUUAAAGCAACUUUAGCGAAUGGCGAAAAGGUGGUGAUAUUUCUGAUGGAUACGCAAGGAACGUUCGACAGUCAGUCCACUGUGCGAGACAACGCCACAGUGUUCGCUCUCUCCACGCUGAUAUCUUCCGUUCAAAUUUACAACUUGUCGCAGAACAUUGAAGAAGACGACUUACAGCAUUUGCAGUUGUUCACGGACUACGGUCAGCUAGCACAAGAGAGCAGUUCCGGAAGGCCCUUCCAGAGGCUGCAGUUUCUGGUUCGAGACUGGAGCUUCCCGUACGACCAUCCGUAUGGCGCUCUGGGCGGUCAACAGCUUCUGAAGAAACGGCUCCAGAUUCAUGAAGGACAGCAUCCAGAGCUUCAGAACCUCAGAGAGUACGUAACAAGGAUAUUUGAUGAGAUCGCUUGCUUCCUGAUGCCUCAUCCGGGCCUCAAGGUCGCUACGAACCCUGACUUCAACGGGAAACUAGCCGAUAUCAGUCCAGAAUUCAAAGAUAGUUUGAAGCAGUUGUUACCGAUGUUGCUCGCCCCUGAGAAUCUAGUCCCGAAGCUGAUCGAAGGCCAGAAGGUCAAAGCUAAGGAUCUGCUGCUCUAUUUCAAGACCUACAUGAAGGUGUUCAAUGGAACGGAGCUGCCGGAGCCACGGACCAUUCUAGCGGCGACGUCAGAAGCCAACAAUCUCUCAGCAGUGGCUGAAGCGCGCGAGGUGUACGAAACUCUGAUGGAGGAGAUCUGCGGUGGCACCAGACCCUACGUGCAGCCCAGACAACUAGAGGAAGAACAUCACAGGGUCAUGAACAAGGCAAUACACGCGUUUGACAGCAAAAAGAAGAUGGGUGGUAAGGAGCUGGCUGAUGGGUACAAGGCUGAGCUGGAGAAGGAGCUAGAAGAGUUGUUCGAGCAGCUGAGAUCGCACAACGAAGCGAAGAACAUUUACCGCAUGAUCGGAACGCCUGUCGUGUUCGCGACGGUGGCCGUGCUCGCGUACAUGCUGGUCGUGCUCGGCAACAUGUUCGGCGUGCAGACGGUGGUGGCGGCGGGGCAGGCCGCCGUGGUAGGGGCACUCGUCAUGAUCGCCGUGUGGAUCUAUUCAAGAACUACCGGACAAAUGAGGGACGUAGGAGCACAAUUAGAUGAAAUAGCCGAUUCAAUUCGUAGUUACAUUCUCAACCAAGCGUUCGACUCGAUGCGAAGUCGCGCGACCGCCGCGGCUGUCGGCUACGGCGCGGACAAGAAGCGCACUUAGUGUCAACUUAGUGGAACAAACACUCGCCUUGCGUUUCACUCUGUGUAAAGGACCGAUGUACAUACAUACAUUUGAAGGGUGGGGCAGCCGUUGUAACUAUACUGAGACCUUAGAGCUUAUAUCUCAAGGUGGGUGGCGCAUUUACGUCGUAGAUGUCUAUGGGCUCCAGUAACCACUUCACACCAGAUGGGCUGUGAGCUCGUCCACCCAUCUAAACAAUACAAAAAAAAUACAUACGACUGUGUGAUAUUCUAAAGUAGAUUUUUUAAAACGUAUUCACAACUUGCGAUGUAAAUAAAGUAACUGUGAUAUUUUGAAAACCCAAUGAAAAACGAAAAAUAAUGAAUUAAAUUAAGUAUGUUUUAACUACUUAUAAAAUAUUUUUUGUUUUGAGUCCAACAAUGACUCCACGCAAUAAAAUUGAUUUUGUAUAUUUUUCAUUAUUUCGUAUUCCACGACUUUACGAAGUUUGUAACAUUAUAAGUAUUUUAUGGAAGAGCACAGAUCACAGACUCUAUAAAAUUCUAAGUAAAUUAAUUUCCUUUGUUUGAUUUCCAUUUAAUAAGUGUAUUGAGAUAAGUCUAUACUAAUAUUAUAAAGAGGAAAGAUUUGUUUGUUUCGAAUAGGCUCCGAAACUACUGGACCGAUUUGAAAAAUUCUUUUUCCAUUAGAAGCCGACAUUGUCCCUGAUGAACAUAGGCUACUUUUUUAAAAAAAAAAUUUAAUUUUAUUUUUUUGGUUUCAUGUGUGUUUUAAUGUUUCCGAAGCGAAGCGAGGGCGGGUCGCUAGUUUUUAAUAAAGAAGUCGUAAUGGUAUUUGUUUACUUAUCAAUUAACAUUUCGGAUAGAUUUUGUCACAAUUAAUAGAAUUAUAGGAAUUCUACCACCGACUGAUUACUUACUGAUUAGUAGUUAGUAAGCUGUGCGGUAGUGUGCUACUGUAAACUAGUAUUUUUUUAAAUCAUUCCUUUGGAAUUUAAAACAGUCAACCAUCUUUGGCCUUGUCUUGUUUUUGUAUCAUACAUUUUGUUGUUUUCACCUACCAAUAUCCACAUGUAAUAAACAUAAACGUGAUAUCUUUAAAAAUAAUAAAUUUUAUUUUUAUACAUA